AUGCAGAUUGCUUCUACAAACAUUUGUGACAGACUGUGCAAGAAGUCCAUCCUUGAAAUUUCCUUGCUACUAAAUACUCCAUGGUCAACUGUUAGUGGUAUUAUAACAAAGUGGAAGCAACUGGGAACAACAGAAACUCAGCCACAAGGUGGUAGGCCACGUAAAAUGACAGAGCAAGGUCAGCGCAUGCUAAAGUGCACAGUGUGCAUAAGUUGCCACCUGUCUGCAGAGUAAAUAUCUAAAGACCUCCAAACUUUGUGUGGGCUUCAGAUUAGCACAACAACAGUGCGUAGAGAGCUUCAUGGGAUUGGCUUCCAUGGCCGCAUCCAAGCCUUACAUCACCAAGUGCAAUGCAAAAUGUCAGAUGCAGUGUUGUUAAGCACGCCACCACUGGACUCUAG